GAGAUGACCAAAUAAUACCACGCAACACAUCUCUCAAAACAAAUGCAUUCAACACCAAAGCAACAAAGGCAAAACAAUGGAAGCUAUUUCAAGAGAAUCUAGAUAAGGAAAUAGAAUUGCAAGAAGAUUUACACAACAUCACCCAUAUGUCAGUAGAAAGACUCUGGAACAUCACUUGGAAGAAAGCCAAUCCAAAAAAGAUCCCCACACACAAGCAAACAAAAUACCACUCACAACCACACAACAUUAACCGAAACAUUGGCUCGGUUUAUAACCUUGGGAAAAUUGUACAUCUAGCCAACAUAUACAUCAAAAGAAAGAGAAAGUCAAACACAGUGGUUAAAAAAAUCAACAAAAUGACAAAAUUCCUACAAAAACAAAACAUACCCAUAACAAACCUCCCCUUCCAGAAAAGCACCAAUCAAAAAACAAGAUGGCUGGAAGAAGUAAAAGACCUCUGGCAAGCAACGAAGAAGAUAACCAGUCAAGAACUACAAAGCAACAUCAACACCCAAAUCAAAGAAGCCUCUCAAAAAAAAGAAUGGACCAAUACUCAAAUCCAAAAAGAAAAUAAUUAA